AUGUCACAAGAGUCAACAGCUGAUGAACACGAAGAGAUAAUAAUGGAACAAUAUUCGUCAUUAUUAUCAAAUGAUGAUGAUUUGAAAGAAUUUUGUAAUUUACUUGAUGAAGAAAGAUUUAGAAUGCAUCAAUUAGUUGAACAAUGGAAAUAUUAUGGUACAUGUACAAUGCAUAAACUUGCAUCUCAAAUAGUUGAUUAUCAAGAAAAAUUAAAUGAUCUCGAACAACGACAGAUAUUACUAUUAAAAGAAAACGAAACUCUUCAAUCUCUCAUUGAUCAAUUGAUGUCAACAACAAUAAAUAGUAACAAUGAAUUAGUAGUAAAUAAACCAUCUCAACAAAGUGUUUCUACACAAACAUCAAUUGAGAAACAAGAACCAUUACCUAAUAUACCUAUAGACGAUUCACUUCAACGGCAAAUCUCACUUCAAAAUAUGUUUGAUGCUAUUAAAACCGCUGAAAUUUAUGAAUCCAUUAAAAACAUGACCCAAGAUGACACGUCAGAAAAAGUUAUUCUAAAACAAUUCUGUAAUCUUAUUUGGAAAUAUCUCGAAGAACGUUCGAUAUCAAACAGUAGCUGUUUAUUAUAA